CAGCGGGCACCGAGUCAUCUGGCAGGACAGCGGGCACCGAGUCAUCUGACAUGACAGCGGGCACCGAGUCAUCUGGCACGACAGCGGGCACCGAGUCAUCUGGCACGACAGCGGGCACUGGGUCACCAAGCUCGACAGCGGGCACCGAGCAUCUGGCAUGACAGCGGGCACCGAGCCAUCUAGCAGAACCGCGGGCACUGGGUCACCAAGCUCGACAGUGGGCACCGAGUCAUCUAGCAGAACCGCGGGCACUGGGUCACCAAGCUCGACAGCGGGCACCGAGCCAUCUGGCACGACAACGGGCACCGAGUCAUCUGGCACGACAGCGGGUACCGAGUCAUCUGGCAUGACAGCGGGUCCCGAGCCAUCUAGCAGAACCACGGGGGGCACCGGGUCACCAAGCUCGACAGCGAGCACCGAGUCAUCUUACACGACAGCGGGUACCGAGUCAUCUGGCACGACAGCUGGUACCGAGUCAUCCGGCAAGACAGCGGGCACCGAGUCAUCUGGCAAGACCGCGAGCACCGAGUCAUCUGGCACAACAGCGGGCUCCGAGUCAUCUGGCAAGACAGCGGGCACCGAGUCAUCUGGCAAGACAGCGGGCACCGAGUCAUCUGGCUCGACAGCGGGUACCGGGUCAUCUGGCAAGACAGCGGGCACCGGGUCAUCCGGCAUUGGAUCAUCUGGCUCGACAGCGGGC